GCAACAACGACGAGCAGCACGGCCGCGACCGAACACUGAACGCCAGUGCGGAGACGAUUUUUGGACAAAAGUUUUUUUUUCCAUCUCAAGAUCGCUCGAGACUUCGCCAAUUUUCGAUUUUCAAUCCCUCCCGAACGGACCCCAUCAUCCCUCAAUCUCUCCCGGAAGUUUUUCCAUCCGCACGCGGUUCUCGAAAAGCAUCAGCCAAAUUUUUUCCGGCUGACAGCAUCUGAUAUUUUCAUACCCGUCAACACUUUUCGACACACAUAACUUUACACAAUGGGUUUCGGUGCCCCUAGAGGUGGACGCGGUGGAGGUCGUGGUGCCCCCCGUGGUGGUGGUGGUGCUCGUGGUGGCAGAGGCGGUCUUGGUAGCGGUGGUCGUGGACGUGGUGGCCCCCGUGGUGGUGCUCGUGGCGGCCGUGGUGCUCCCCGUGGCCGCGGUGGUCCCCGUGGUGGUGCUCGCGGCGGUGCUCGCGGUGGCGCCAGGGGUGGUGCUAAGGUCAUCAUCGAACCCCACCGUCACGCCGGUGUCUUCGUUGCCCGUGGUGGUAAGGAAGAUUUGCUCGUCACCAAGAACCUUACUCCCGGAGAGGCUGUCUACGGUGAAAAGCGCAUUGCUGUCGAGUCUCCCGCCGAGGAGGAUGGUGCUGUGACCAAGACCGAGUACCGUGUCUGGAACCCUUUCCGUUCCAAGAUGGCUGCCGGUAUCCUGGGUGGUCUCGAUGAGAUCUACAUGCGCCCUGGCUCCAAGGUCUUGUAUCUCGGUUCCGCCAGCGGUACCUCCGUCUCCCACGUUGCCGAUAUCGUCGGCCCUACUGGUAACGUCUACGCCGUCGAGUUCUCGCACCGUUCCGGCCGUGACUUGAUCGGCAUGGCUACCCACCGCACCAACGUUAUCCCCAUCGUUGAGGACGCCCGCCACCCUCUCCGCUACCGUAUGCUCGUCCCCAUGGUCGACGUCAUCUUCGCCGACGUUGCCCAGCCCGACCAGGCCCGUAUCGUCGGCCUGAACGCCCACAUGUUCCUCAAGAACGAGGGUGGUGUCAUUGUCUCCGUCAAGGCCAACUGUAUCGACAGUACCGCCAAGCCCGAGGUUGUGUUCGCCCGUGAAGUCCAGAAGAUGAGAGAGGAGAGAAUCAAGCCCAAGGAGCAGCUGACCUUGGAGCCCUUCGAACGUGACCACUGUAUAGUGUCUGGUAUCUACAAGCGCUCUGCAUGAAUUUAAAGAACAAAAGAAUCUGGUGGUCUGCUUUCUCAUGUUUUAAUUAUUUAUGCUCUUUACCGGCGUCGAGUGUUCCGUGAUAUGCUGAAAUGCUUCAACUUUUUUUUUUCUCUACCUUGGUCGCUCUACGAUUUCGUGUCCUUGUUUAGGUUUCUUAAAUGUACUUCUUGAGUCAGAAAAAUUCGAGGGUUACGUUUUCCGGUCGAUUCAAACUAUGUACGUUCUAGGUUUUUGGGAGCCAUUGAGGCUGAUUUCUCAGUGAGACAAUUGCUUCGGCUGAGUGUAGAUAGUCAAGUCCGAAUGGAAUGCAUGCGGAG